AUGAAUAGAAUAUUUGGAAGAGGAAAACCAAAAACGCCCGGUCCCAGCAUUACCGAAUGCAUUAGUAAUGUUGAUAGUAGAGCUGAUAGUAUUGAGCAAAAGGUUCAAAAAUUAGAGUCAGAACUAAGAAAAUACAAAGAUCAAAUGGCAAAAAUGAGAGAAGGACCUGCGAAAAACUCAGUAAAACAAAAAGCAAUGAGAGUCUUAAAGCAGAAAAAAAUGUAUGAGCAACAAUUGGAAGGUCUCAGAAACCAAGCAUUUAAUAUGGAGCAAGCAAAUUAUGCUACACAAACUAUAAAGGACACACACACUACAAUAGCUGCUAUGAAAGAUGGCGUCACACAAAUGAAAAAAGAAUUUAAGAAGAUAAACAUUGAUUCUAUUGAGGAUGUGAAUGAUGACCUGGCUGAUAUGAUGGAACAAGCUGAUGAGGUGCAGGAGGCAUUGGGUCGUCAAUAUGGUGUACCUGAUAUAGAUGAUGAUGAACUGGCAGCAGAACUAGAUGCAUUGGGUGAAGAAAUUGCACUGGACGAUGACACUUCAUAUUUGGAUGAUGUUGUCAAAGCUCCAGCUGCACCAGACAGGGAGCCUGGAGCGGAUAGUAUUCGUAACAAAGAUGGAGUACCUGUAGAUGAGUUUGGUCUGCCUCAGGUUCCAAGUGCUGCUCAGACAAUCCGCUGA